UCUGUUCACACAAUCAGAACAAACAUGUUUCUCAAGCUCCUACUUUUGGUACUUUUGGCCCAAAUUAGGGCAAAACCAGUAGAAGACGAACCAGUUUGUGGCUAUGAGGCUUGCCCUGCGACCAACUUCUCGACUCUCAACGUCCACCUCAUCCCUCACUCCCAUGAUGACGUUGGUUGGCUCAAAACCAUGGACCAAUACUAUUUCCAAGAUGUCCAAAAUGUGAUCAGUACUGUAAUUCCGGCUUUGAAACAAAAUCCCGACCGUCGUUUCGUUCAAGUCGAAACAGCAUUUUUCAAAAAAUGGUGGGAACAACAAAAAGAUUCSAUGAAGCAAGAUGUCAUCAAACUGGUCAAUAACGGGCAAUUCGAAAUUAUUAACGGGGCGUGGAGUAUGAAUGAUGAAGCAGCUGUUCAUUACCAAUUCACAAUUGAUCAGUACACUUUGGGUUUGAGAUAUCUCGAGGAUAAGUUAGGGAAGUGCUCAAGACCGAAAGUUUGUUGGCAAAUUGACCCUUUUGGACAUAGCAGAGAACAAGCGUCAAUUUCGGCACAAUUGGGUUUUGAUAGUGUGUUUUUCGCUCGGUUGGAUUACAGAGAUAGGAUUAAUAGACUAGGGACUAAAACCGGGGAUUUGAUUUGGAGGGGAAGUAGCAAUUUGGGCAAUAGUUCUGAUAUUUUCACUUCAGUCAUGUACAACCACUACAGUGCCCCUGCGGGAUUCUGUUUCGAUAUUGUCUGUAAUGAUGAUCCGAUAAUUGACGAUGAGGAAAGUCCUGACUAUAAUUGGAAAAGUCGAGUCGAAGCUUUUGCCAAUUUUGUUCGAGAGCAAGCCUCGAAAUAUCCUACGAAUAACAUUUUAGUACCAAUGGGAGACGAUUUUCGGUACCAAGCCGCCCUAAACGCCUACAUUAACACCGACAGACUCAUCAAGGGAUUUGAACUGUUUCCUCAAAUGUUCGAAGACAAACCCAUCAAACUCCUCUACUCAACUCCUACAUGUUACACCAAAGCGGUUAAUGACUUUGUUAAUUCGAAUGAUUAUAAAUUGCAAAUCAAAACUGAUGACUUUUUCCCGUACGCAGACGGUGUUGCAAAUUUGGUAGUUGGAUACUUUACAUCAAGGCCGGCUUCGAAACGUUUUGUCCGAGAAGGAAAUGCUAUGCUACAGGUGGCCAAACAACUAGCAACUGUAGCAAACUUACAUUACGACAACGAAAAUAUUAACUCACUUAAAGAAGCAAUGGGUGUUUUGCAACACCAUGAUGCUAUAACUGGUACUGAAUUAAUUGACGUGACCCAUGACUACCAUCGAAUACUUCAUAAGGGUAUUAGUGACGCUAUUGAUGCUGUUAACCCGAUUUUAUCAAAUUUAAUAAGUGGUUCUGAUACUUUACAACUGGAAUCGUGUCUCUUAGCUAACGUCAGUGUUUGUCCUCAAACACAAACAGAUUUUACUCUUACUGUCUACAAUCCUUUAAGCCGAGUCAUUUCGAGUCCAAUCAGCAUUCCUGUGGAAGCAAAAAAUUGGAAAAUUGUGGACUCCAAUGGUGAUGAAGUUGUAUAUCAAGUAGCACCCUCUAUCACCGAUUUUAGCACACUGGUCGAUGAAAGCACCGUCCCCAACUCUCUAGAUUUUGUGGCAAAAGACAUUCCUCCUCUAGGCUACAAAGUCUACACUUUUACAAAACAGGCCUCUAAAUCUACAAAUCGAAUCACGGUAGGCGCCGAUGGUACUACUUUUGCAAUCGACGAAGUAUCCGGUCUUUUAAGAUCAGUGACCAUGAAUGGGGUCACUAUGAACAUAACUCAAGACUUCCUUCACUACAAAAGUGGCGGACGAUCCCAAGCUUACGUUUUCGACCCUGAUGGUGACCCACAAAAAGUUGCCUCAUCUGUCACAGUAAAGAAAAUCGAUGGCGAUGUCUAUUAUGGAAUAGUACAGGAGUUUAGCGACUGGGCAAAACAAAUAAUCAAAAUUUAUAAAGACGAUAGCAGCUACAUCGAGUUUGAUUGGGUGAUUGGCCCCUUAAAUAUUGACGAUGGGGGCAAAGAAGUCAUUUCGAGGUUUUCAACACCUUUAAAAACCGAAGGUGUUUUCUACACCGACUCCAAUGGUCGCGAAAUGCUCAAAAGAGUUCGUAACCAGCGCCCUGACUACGAUUACACUGACGAGCAACCCGUUGCUGGAAAUUACUACCCAGUGACUUCAAAAAUCGUGAUUCGGGAUGAAAAUGAAGGAGUGGAAUUGGCAAUUUUGAAUGAUAGAGCCCAAGGUGGUUCUAGUAUCCAAGACGGGCAAGUAGAACUAAUGGUACAUCGAAGGAUUAGAACUAAUGAUGAUUUCGGUUUGGAUGAGAUGGAAUAUGGGCAUGGGGUUGUAGUACGUGGGAAACAUUUCCUAGUCUUGGGACCAACUUCUGGAAAUGGUGAAAAGUCUUUAGCGGCGAUUGAACGUGAUAUUGCUCAAAGAAAAUUGCUACCACCUUGGAUAUUUAUCACAAAUCAAAAUGGAAGUAGUUUAAAAAAAUUAGAAUAUAGCAAUUUGAAAUCGCCAUUGCCUGACAAUGUCCAAUUGUUAACACUUGAACCCUGGUCUGAUGGUACUCUUCUCAUACGCCUGGAGCACGUUUUAGAAAAGAAUGAAGAUGAGAAGUUAUCAAAGGAAGUUACAAUUGAUCUCUCGGAUUUGUUCGUUGCGUUCACAAUUCAAGAACUCAAAGAAAUGACCCUUGCUGGUAACAUUCCCAUUGAGGAGAACGUUCGCUUGCAUUGGCCUGGUAGUACCAACGACGCCCCUCCAAAACCGCCCCGCGACGUCACCGACUUGACAGUCACCCUAGCCCCCAUGCAAAUCCGUACUUUCUUAGCCAAAGUCACUUAUAACAAAUUGUAGUACCACAAGCUAAAUAAAUUGUUUGAAUUUAA